AUGGGCAAUGUUUCUCCCUCGGCGCAGAAACGCAACAGUGUCGAGGCCAACCCAUUUGAGCACCUGACAGACCAUGAAGCUUCCGCUUUACGCAGACAGAUCGAAACCCCCAUCACUACCCAAGUAACUUGGAGGACCCUUUUUCUCUAUGCAUCACUACAGGACCUGAUAAUCAUUAUCGUGAGCUCGAUCGCUGCGAUCGCCGCAGGCGCUGCAGUACCUUUGAACACGGUCAUUCUAGGAUCGCUAGCUGGAGCGUUCCAGAACUUCGUGAAUGGCCUUUCCAGAGCAGAAUUCGACAGUUUGGUCGCGGAAAGGGCUCUUUUCUUCGUGUACCUGGCAGUCGGCGAGUUUGUUGCAAUCUAUGUAGCUACCGUUGGCUUUCGGACCACAGGCGAAAGCCUCACCCGCAAAAUCAGGGAGAAGUAUCUCCAGGCUUUGUUGGCGCAGAAUGCAGCGUAUUUCGACCUACUUGGCCCGGGCGAAAUAAUCACGCGGGUUGGAAAUACAGCCGUGAUUCAAGAGGGUAUCUCCGAGAAGCUUGAACUCGUGCUGUCUUCUCUUUCUACCCUGUUUGCGGCGUACAUCAUUGGCUUGAUCAAGUUCUGGAAGUUGACCCUGAUCCUUUCGUCACUUACUCCCGUACUUUUUGCCCUUGGAUAUGUGUUGGGAAGAUACAUUGUCAAGUACAGUAAACUUUCAUUGGCUGCGUACUCUCAAGGCGGGGUGCUCGUGGAGGAGGCUUUCAGUUCAAUAAGAACGGUCACAGCCUGCGAUACCCAAGAGAAACUUUCCAAGGAAUACGACAAGUAUCUGACUCGCGCGGAGUCGUUUGGAUUUCGCAUGAAGUGUCUUGCAGGCUCUGGACCUGGCUUGACCAUUUGCAUUUUCAAUCUCGGAUAUGCCCUGGCUUCAUGGAUGGGCAGUAGAUACAUUGUGGCGGGCGAGACCAAUUUGGCAGCUGUUCUUACUAUUCUGCUUGUAAUGAUGCUGGGAGCUUUUGCUUUGGUGAAGGCUACUCAGCAUAUUCAGGCCUUUACCAACGCCAUAGCUGCUGCUACCCCUAUCUUUGCAACGAUUGACAGGGUCUCAUCUUUGGACCAGCUUCCCAACCAAGGAGUCAUCCCAGAGACAUUGGAAGGCCAUGUUGAGCUUCGGAACGUGAAACACAUAUACCCAUCUCGACCURAUGUUGUUGUGCUGGAAAACUUGAGUCUCGUUAUUCCGGCUGGAACCACGUUAGCAAUAACGGGAGCAUCGGGCUGCGGGAAGAGUAGUAUCAUAGCCCUCCUCGAGCGCUUCUACAGUCCUGUAGCUGGUCAGGUCUCGAUUGACGGAUACCAAAUAGAGGAUCUGRACCUACACUGGCUACGGCAGCAGAUCGGUUUGGUUCAACAAGAUCCGGUGCUAUUCUCGGACACGAUAGAGAAGAACAUCCUGUACGGUCUGAGAGGGAAGAGGCGUCAGAAGGCGACAGAUGAUCAAAGUCGGAGGUCCAUCGUCGAGCAAGCAGCUAGACUGGCAAAUGCUCACGACUUCAUCACAAGGCUGCCUCAAGGUUAUGAUACGUUUGUUGGAGAACGUGGAUCGUUCCUCAGCGGAGGCCAAAGACAACGCAUCGCAAUCGCAAGGGCGCUAGUCGGGGAYCCAAGAAUUCUGAUCUGUGACGAAGCAACAUCGGCACUGGACAGUCAGAGCGAAAGAGUGGUACAAGCUGCUUUGGACAGGGCAUCACAAGGUAGAACCACGAUCAUCAUCUCUCACCGCAUGAGCACUAUCCGGAAUGCCGACAACAUCGCCGUCAUGGGUCCAGGAGGUGCAAUUCUAGAGCACGGCACCUUUGAUGCACUUCUGGCUGCGAGAUCCUCAUUCUUUGAUCUGGUCGAAGCCCAGGAUAUGUCGCCGAGUACCCCUGAUUCGGAUGAUUGCAUUGCACACGAUGAGAAGGCGGACAYGCUCGUCUCGGAAAAGACGUUCGGAUCCCCUGAUUCCGUGGCACUUGACACAGGCGAGCAUGCCAUAGUUGAUGGGAAACCUGCCCUGGAUAACUCCGAUCAGCGACAGUCGCCCAUAUACUCAUGGUGGACAUUGUGCAAAUUCACCGCUGGUCUCAAUCGUCAAGAGUGGAGAGUCAUGCUUCUCGGUGUUGCGACCUCCAUCAUCGCCGGAGCCGGCGAGCCUGUGCAGUGUCUGAUCCUUGCAAAUUCCAUCUCAACGCUGUCUCUGCCUUCCUCCCAAUACCUGCGACUGCGGCACGAUGCCAACUUCUGGAGCAGUAUGUUCGUGAUGAUUGCAUUUGUGAUGCUGGCUUGCUAUCUUAUACUCGGGGUAUGUUUCGCCUAUGGGAGCGAGCGGCUUGUCCAUCACAGUCGAGAUUUGGCGUUCAGAUCGAUGCUUCGCCAGGAUAUUCAAUUCUUCGAUGCCAGGGAGAACACGGUCGGUUCGUUGGCAUSUUUUCUCAAUACAGAGACUACGCGCCUCGCUGGUAUGUCUGGCAUCGCUCUCGGGAAUAUUGUCCAACUAUGCGCGACAUUGAUCAUCGGGUACAUUGUCGCUCUAGCCGUGGGAUGGAAACUUGCACUUGUGUGCAUCGCCACAGUCCCAGUCCUCCUACUCGCCGGUUUUUUAAAUAUCUGGUCCCUUGGGCGGUUCGAGGCAUUCCAGAAGGACUCCUAUCGGGAGAGCGCGUCAUAUGCGUGUGAGGUCACCUCUUCCACCAGGACCAUAGCAGCUUUCACACUAGAGGACCAGGUCUGCCAGCACUAUCACGACCUGCUGGUCGCACAGGAGAGGAGAAGUUUACGUUUCAAUCUCAAAUCCAGCGUCCUCUUUGCUGCCAGCCAAUCUCUCGGCUUCCUUUGUAUGGCGCUCUGUUUCUGGUACGGGAGCAGCCUACUCGGCGACUACAGUAUCACUCAGUUCUAUCUGGUCUUCUUCCUUGUCAUAUUUGGCACUCGCUCGGCGGCCAACAUGUUCUCCCUGGCUCCUGACAUUGCUAAAGCGAAGCUCGCGGCUGCUGACUUGAAACAUCUCUUUGAGAGAGUACCCGCUAUCGAUAUCUCCAGUUCUGCGGGUCAUAGUUUGGAGGACAUUCGAGGCUCUGUGGAGUUUCGCAAUGUGGACUUCGGCUACCAAGACGGACAAGCAGUUCUGAACGGCAUGAGCUUCACAGUACAGCCCGGGCAGUACGUUGCCUUGGUAGGCGCUUCCGGCUGUGGGAAGUCGACGACCGUCUCACUUCUAGAGCGAUUCUAUGAUCCCAAAAGUGGAGGCGUGUAUGUCGAUGGGCAUGACAUCUCAAGUCUGAACCUCAAGGACUACCGCAGCCAUUUGGCGAUGGUAUCCCAGGAGCCAACGUUGUAUCAAGGCUCGAUCCGCGACAAUAUUACAUUCGCUGCAGACAAGGAGGACAUCUCUGAGGCACAGCUUAUCAAGGUGUGUAAGGAAGCCAAUAUCCAUGACUUCAUCGUGUCUCUACCAGCUGGAUUCGAUACAGUGGUCGGGAGUAAAGGCACCAUGCUUUCUGGAGGCCAGAAGCAACGUAUCGCUAUCGCCCGGGCUUUGAUACGAGACCCCAAGAUUUUGCUUCUGGACGAGGCGACCUCGGCGUUGGAUAGUGACUCGGAGAGGGUCGUCCAAGCAGCCCUCGAUGCUGCUGCCAAGGGGAGGACCACGAUUGCUGUGGCUCAUCGUCUCUCCACUGUUCGUAAAGCUGAUGCGAUCUUGGUCGUGGAAGGCGGUCGGGUCGUGGAAAAUGGGUCGCAUUCGACACUGAUGGCACAACGAGGGAGAUAUUAUCAAAUGGUGCAGUUGCAGAGUGGAGAGAAACAAACCAAGGAGCAAUAG